AUGCCUCUGGCUAGAUCACUGUCCAUGACUUCUCUGAAUGGGCUUCCUCAGUGGGAGGAUGAAGACCUACCAGUGGAGGACUUGUUGCUCUUUGAAGUUUCUUGGGAAGUUACCAACAAAGUGGGAGGCAUUUACACCGUGAUCCAGACAAAAGCCAAAACUACAGCAGAUGAAUGGGGUGAAAACUAUUUUCUGGUUGGUCCCUAUUUUGAGCAGAAUGUGAAGACUCAGGCGGAAGCAUGUGAGCCUCCAAACCCUGCAGUUAAGAAGGCAAUGGACACCAUGAAAAGCCAAGGGUGUCAGGUCUUUUUUGGAAGAUGGCUGAUAGAGGGCAGCCCAUAUGUCUUACUGUUUGAUAUAGGAUCAGCAGCUUGGAACUUGGACAGGUGGAAAGGUGACUUUUGGGAUGCCAGCAACAUAGGGAUCCCUUUUCAUGAUCGAGAAGCCAACGAUGCUGUGAUUUUUGGAUCAUUAACAGCCUGGUUUUUGAAAGAGCUUUCCUCUCAGUUUGAUGACAAGCCCAAUAUAAUUGCCCACUUCCACGAGUGGCAAGCAGGAGUGGGUUUAAUAUUGUGUAGAUCUUGGAAGCUUCGUGUGGCCACAAUUUUUACUACCCAUGCGACUCUGCUUGGGAGGUAUCUGUGUGCAGCCAGUAUUGAUUUUUACAACAAUCUUGACCAGUUUGACAUUGACAAAGAAGCAGGAGAGAGACAGAUUUAUCAUCGGUACUGUAUGGAACGGGCAUCUGUACAUUGUGCUCAUGUGUUCACCACAGUCUCACAGAUAACAGCUGUAGAAGCAGAGCACAUGCUUAAAAGAAAUCCUGAUGUUGUCACCCCAAAUGGCUUGAACAUUAAGAAAUUUUCAGCAAUGCAUGAGUUUCAGAAUUUGCAUUCCAUGUACAAGGCUAGGAUCCAAGAGUUCAUUCGAGGUCAUUUCUAUGGCCACCUUGACUUCAGUCUUGAGAAGACCUUAUUUUUCUUCAUUGCUGGGAGAUAUGAGUUUUCCAACAAAGGAGCUGAUAUGUUUCUAGAAGCCUUAUCCAGAUUAAACUUUUUGCUGAGGGUUCAUAAGACUGAUGUUACAGUUGUUGUGUUCUUCAUCAUGCCAGCCAAGACAAACAAUUUCAAUGUGGAAACUCUGAAAGGACAAGCAGUCCGGAAGCAACUCUGGGACACAGCACAAUCUGUGAAAGAAAAGUUUGGAAAGAAACUCUACAAUGCCCUGCUAAAAGGAGAAAUUCCAGACUUGAACAAGAUUCUUGACCGAGAUGAUAUAACCAUUAUGAAAAGAGCCAUCUUUUCAACUCAGCGACACUGUCUGCCUCCAGUGACCACCCACAACAUGAUUGAUGAUGGCAAUGAUCCAAUUCUUAAUACCAUUCGACGCAUUGGCCUUUUCAAUAAUCGUUCAGACAGAGUAAAGGUGAUUGUACACCCAGAGUUUCUUUCUUCGACAAGCCCAUUGCUGCCCUUGGACUAUGAGGAAUUUGUUAGAGGCUGCCACCUUGGUGUAUUUCCAUCAUACUAUGAACCCUGGGGUUACACUCCAGCUGAAUGUACUGUGAUGGGCAUUCCCAGCGUAACCACAAACCUUUCUGGAUUCGGCUGUUUCAUGCAGGAACACGUUGCUGAUCCAGCGGCUUAUGGCAUCUACAUAGUUGACAGGAGGUUCCGCUCACCUGAUGAAUCAUGCAACCAGCUGACUCAGUUCCUGUAUGGGUUUUGUCAGCAGUCCCGUCGACAGAGAAUCAUCCAAAGAAACCGAACCGAGAGGCUCUCAGAUCUGUUGGACUGGAGAUACCUAGGCAGGUAUUAUAUGCAUGCCAGACACUUGGCCCUCAGCAGAACAUUUCCAGAUAAAUUUGAGAUGGAACCAUGUGCUCCACCAAAGACGGAAGGCUUCAGGUAUCCUAGGCCUUCAUCAGUGCCACCGUCACCUUCUGCCUCUCAGCAUUCCAGCCCUCACCAUAGCGAAGCUGAAGAUGAAGAUGAGGAUGAAAGAUAUGAUGAGGAUGAGGAAGCUGAAAGGGACAGGCAAAACAUCAAGUCUCCCUUUACUCUUGGAGCAUUGCCACAAGGGAAAAAGAAGAAGCAUGGAGAAUACAGGAACUGA